CCACUCGUUUCUGGUGAAGGAGGGAGAGGUUGAAUGGAAACCCCGUCCUCUUUCCUUUCCCCUCGCUUCGUCUCUAUGGUCUUUCCUUAAAGUCACUCCCGCCUCCAGCUCCAGGCGAGGGGGAGGGGUGGGUUUCUCCCUCCCUCUUUUCUCCCUCCGACAUUCGGGUUUCCCUCCGCCCCCCGCUCUCCUGAGUCGAACCGAGCAGGAUCCGAACCGGGGGGCGGAGGGGGAGGGAAGAUGGCGCAGGCCUUGUCCGAAGAGGAGUUCGAGCGCAUGCAGGCCCAACUGCUGGAACUUCGGACGCAGAAUUAUCAGCUCUCUGACGAACUCCGCAAGAACUCUGCUGAAUUAAAUGGACUUCGGCAACGGGUGACCUAUUUGGAUAAGGAAUUUUCCAAGGCUCAGAAGGCUCUGAGUAAGAGCAAAAAGGCUCAGGAGGUGGACGCCUUGCUUAGUGAAAAUGAAAUGCUCCAGGGGAAACUGCACAGCCAGGAGGACGACUUCAGGCUGCAAAACAGCACCCUCAUGCAGGAGCUCUCCAAGCUGUGCUCCCAGAUCGAGCUGCUGGAGAAAGAGAACAGGAGCCUCCGGGAAGGGGGGGCGUCCGCCACUGCUGCCGCCACUGAAGGGACGUCCGCAGCCAGCCCUGUGGAUGGGGAGCUGCUGAGGCUGCAGGCAGAAAACUCUGCGCUGCAGAAGAACAUGGCAGCUUUACAGGGGCGCUACGAGAAGGAAGCAGCCCGGCAGGCCGAGAACCGAGGUGGUGGGAAGGGCGAUGGCUCCGUGGACCCUAACCCUGCUGGGCCGGAGGAUUUGGAGCCUCAGACAUCUGACGGCAACGGUCCCUCCCAGCAGCUGCUGUCGGAGGUGGAGCUGAAGUGGCAGACGGAGCGGGAGGAGAAGAUCCUCCUGAAGGAGCAGCUGCAGAGCCUCGAGGCCUCCAAGACGACCGAGACAUCCCGUCUGCAGCAAGAACUCAGCAAGCUUGCGGAGAAGCUGAAGAAGAAACAGGAGAGCUUUCUGCGGCUUCAGACAGAAAAAGAAGCGCUCUACAAUGACAGCAGGACCAAAAUUGAAGAGAUCCAACAGCGGAAGGAGGAGGAGCUCAAAUCCUUGCAUGUCCGCAACCAGAAGCUGCAGCAGGAGCUGCAGACAGCAAACCAGGGUUGCUCAGAGUUAAAGGACCAACUGCAGAACCGCCGAAAAGAGCAUGAAGUGGCCCUGCAGGCUCUACAGGACCAGGUUGCUUGCCAAAGUGCAGAGAGCCAGGAGCAGGUUGAGACCAUUCUGUCUGAGAACGAUGCUCUGAGAACCAACUUGGCAGCGUUAGAACAGAUCCAGACAUCCAAGACGCAAGAGAUGAAUCUGAUGCGAGAUCAGGCGGCAGCGUUGGGGGCAGAGCUGCAGCAGCGUCAGAGUGAGAAGGAGGCGCUGGCGGCCCAGCGGGACGACCUCAACACACAGCUGCAGGAGUCUCUCCGGGCCAACUCUCGCCUCCUGGAGCAGCUACAAGAACUCGGGCAAGAAAAGGAGAGACUGUUACAAGACCUUGAGGAAGCCAGGAAGACGGCAGAGAAGCGCAAGGCCCUGCUAGACGAGCUGGCCAUUGAGACCCUGCAGGAGAAGGGGCGCCACAAGGAAGAGCUGGGGAACCUCCGCCUGCAGCACGAGAAGGAGGUGCUGGCCGUCCGGGCCCGCUACGAGCGAGAGCUGCGGGAGCUGCACGAGCACAAGAAGCGGCAGGAGGACGGCCUGCGUGGCCAGCUCAAGGAGGAGCAGGCUCGUAGCCAGGAACUGGAGUCCAUGCAGCAAAUGGUGGAGGAGCUGCGCCUGCAAAUCCAGUCCAUGGAUGGCACCAAGGGCUGGUUUGAGCGGCGGCUGAAAGAGGCGGAGGAGCUGUUAGAGAAGCACCAGCAGGACCAUGCAGAGGCCAUGCGGGUCUGUAAGGAGCAUCACGUGGCUGACUUGCAGCUGAAGGACCAAGAAGUAGAAGCAACCAAGGAGGAGCUGCGAAAGAUUGAAAGAGCUAGGGACGAGCACAUGGACACAGUCAACCGGCUGAAACAGGAGGUGAAAGACACCGUGGAUGGGCAGCGGAUCCUGGAGAAGAAAGGCAGCGCAGCACUGAAGGACCUCAAACGGCAGCUCCAUCUGGAACGGAAGCGAGCGGACAAGCUCCAGGAGCGCCUCCAGGAGAUCUUGACGAACAGCAAGAGCAGGACAGGAAUUGAGGAUCUUGUCCUGGCGGAUAUCAGCUCUCCCAGCCGGGUGCAGCCGGGGGACAGUAGCAGCAUCUCAUCCUUCAGCUAUCGUGAAAUCAUGAAAGAAGGCUCUGGAGCUGGCAGUAACAAGUCAACCACUGGCAGCCCACAGUCCCAGUCGCAACCCCCCCGGCCUGCUGACCUCUCGGACGAGGAAAUCUCUGAGCUGUUCCAGCGCUUGGCAGAAGUUCAGCAAGAGAAGUGGCUGUUGGAAGAGAAGGUGAAGCACCUUGAGGUCAGCAGUGCCUCCAUGGCCGAGGACCUGUGCCGGAAGAGCGCCAUCAUCGAGACCUACGUGAUGGAUAGCCGCAUUGACGUGUCGGCGGCCCACGGGCAGGUUGAUCGGAGCAGCCUGAGCAGCGUCUUACGGGACCUGGUGAAGCCGGGCGACGAGAACCUGCGCGAGAUGAACAAGAAGCUUCAGAAUAUGCUAGAGGAGCAGCUCACCAAAAACAUGCACUUGCAGAAGGAUUUGGAGGUUCUCUCCCAGGAGAUAGUCCGUCUCAGCAAGGAGUGUGUCCCGUCCCCUGAUGCUGAGCCUGCCCUGGACGACGUUGUCUGAGCGCCCUUCCGUCCUGUGACGCCCACCCCCUUCGCUUCACCUUUGACUGCACUGCUGGCAGGGGCCGGGGUCAUGUGGGGAUACUGCCACUGUCUGCCCAGCCCUCCCCUCAGCUGGAUCACUUCUCUCCACCUUGUUUUGUUUUAGCAAAACAAAGUGUUUAACCCUCUCCAGCUAGCUGCUUUCCCCCUUUCAAAUGGUCUCCCCUUAAACUGCCUUCCUCCAUUGGCUCCCCCACUCAGGCCUUCCCCAGAACCAAUUGAUUUCUCCCCAGUCAUGUUGCAUGCUGGUUAUGCUCUUCCUUCUUGGGGCGGUAGCUGCUGGCCCUUUAAGAAGCACUGGUUGAGGGGGCCGUUCUGCAACAGCACUCCUUGUGGGCUGGAAGGCAAACUGCAGCUUUGUUCUUAAAAGGGGGGUGGGUACUUUAAAAAUGCAAAACCAGCCAUGGAUAUACAGUGCUCUAGUCUGGAAUAAAAGAGGAGCUGCUGAGAAGCAGAGUGGGAGCCAUUCCUGCCAUGGUUAAGAGCCAUUCCAUGCUCCACUCUUAGGAUUACAUGGUCCUGGGAUAAGGCUUUCUCCGUCCCUGUGUUCCACACUGUACAAGCUACACUUGUGAUCUUAUGGCUUCUUCUUUCUGAUUCAUUCGUGUCCGUCCCCCCCACUCCCACCAAGCCCCCUGUUCUUCCACACCCUUCAUUUUGCAUGCUCGGCCGGUCCUGAAUCUACCUGUCCCAGCUGUAACCAGCUGUUGCUGCUGUUAAUACAUAGUAAAAUAUUAUAGAUAAAUAAAUAAAAGAGUAUAUAUAUAUAUGUAUAUAUAUAUAUAUGUAUAUUUGCGCUGAUUCCCUCCUUAGUUUGGGCGGGAUUGAACUCAAGUGGUGCAAACCCUCGUCAUUCCACAGUUCCAGCUGCACUUUCCAUUGGUGGUGGUGGUGGGUGGGCGGCAGCGUUUGUGUUUUUAAUUUACGUAUCAAUGACUUGUACAAGGCUGUAAUUGUUGAGCAACUGAUAAUGCAAACAAUGAUUUUUGACUGGC